AUGCCUCCCUCUACUAACAGAGCAUCAACCAAUCUAACUAAAUUGGCCCAUGCGCUAGGAUUCACCGAUUACCCAGAGGACAAGACAGCCGAACCGUAUCUGAGCUACAUCUUGAAGCAGCAUGCUGGUAGUGAGGGGGAAGAAGACUAUGUCGAGCUGUUCGUUAAGAUCGUCAAGCACUUCCAGACCACCGCAAAUGGUACUAUGACGGUUGCUACAGUGCAGUCGAUCAUAGACGAGCUUUUCUUGACAGGCUUCCGCGGAUUUUUCGCGAACACUGCUGUCGGAGAUGGCAAGGAGCUUGUUGAGGAUGCGGUCAUGUGUAUACUUGGAACAUGGGCUACAAUGCUCAGCUCCUUUCAAAACAAGCGCCAGUGUCGUAAGGUUGUGGCAGCAUACUCAAUGUCGUCCUAUGCUAUGUUAGAUGAUCUUGGUGUUCAAGAGUCACUGUCCAUUAGUGCGAAACGUCUCAACGCUUUCACUCUAAAUGUGCUCAGUGGAGUGGAUGUUCAAUGGACACCCAAUGUAUCACGCCACUUACUUCUUACCAAUGUAGGCGGACGCCACGUUCUGGAACUGUUCUCGUUGCCAUGUGCUUUCGAUUCCAUCACAUCUCCCGCUGUAGGCAUAUCGUGGGAGCUCAAACAAGAGAUUGAAGAUUCAUAUGCUAUGCUAUUCAACUCAUGGUACAUGAAGCCAUUACAUGUGAAAUUAGGAGCAUUCAUUGGGAUCCGCAGAGUGUGCUGGUGCCGGUCGUGCUGCGCCUACCGCUACCGUAAGCAAUGCAUCCGCGCCUGUCGCUCACGUGGUCCGGCGACUUCACUGCGCAGGAUCAAUAACGCAGCGAAUCCAAUCCACAGCGAUUUCGACCCGGUUCUAGAAAACUUGAUGAUGAAAUACUCAAUGAGUGAUUGGACGCCAGAGAGCUUUCCGUCCCUCUGGCCGCGCAUUGCUCGACUCGAAAAACACCUUCAGUCGUCAAGACCUUGGAGUCUAUGGGUGCUAUUUCGCGAUCGCAGGGACACACUGCAGUUCUGGACGUUUCUAUUUGGUACCUUGAUCCUCUUUUUGACCGUCAUGCAGGUCUUUCUUAGUAUUGCGCAGGUUGUAGGCUCCUUCAAGUAG